AUGGAUAAAGAAGAUGAGAUUCCAGUCGAACAGACUGUGUCAGAUAUUGAGACAACAAGUUUAUCGAGUGGUGAGGUUGAAGCUAAGAAUGCUGAUAAUACUUUAAUCUUUGUGGACAAUCACAAAGAUGAGUUUGAGGGUUUGGAAUUGACUCCGGAAGAAGAAAGGCACCUAUGGCGUGGUAGAUACGGUAUUUUAUUUUCAUUGAUUAUGCUUAUUAAUACGGUCCUCUUUAUCGACAAGGCUACAAUGUCUUAUGCAUCUAUUCUAGGUUUAUUUGAAUCCACUAAUAUUGAUACAUCUCAGUAUGAUGACUUGAAUUCUAUAUUUUAUGUUGGAUAUACUAUUGGCCAGGCUCUAAAUUUCCUAUUACAGAAGGUUUCACUCUCGAAGUUCAUGACGAUUAUCUUGUUUUUGUGGUCAGUAAUUGUUUUCCUACAUUGUGCUGCUUACAAUUUUGUGGGGUUAAUCUUUUUGAGAUUGUUCCUUGGAUUCACCGAGAGUGUUAUUGUUCCCGCAAUGGAAGUUACGCUAUUUCAAUUUUUCACUCCGAAAGAAAGAGCCACAUUACAACCGAUAUUCUGGGUUAGUUGUGUUGGAACGCCAAUUGUUAUAGCCGGCUUUAUUGCAUAUGGUGUGCUCCAUAUUACAAACAGUAUUUCCCCAUGGAAGAUUUUUAUGAUCAUUACUGGUGGUCUCACUAUUAUUACCACAGCUAUUUCAGCUUACUUAUAUCCAUCAGAUCCCUCUAAAGCUAGGUUCCUUACAGAUAAGGAAAAAUACUUUCUUAUAAAAAGGGUUCAAAAGGAAUCAUCAUCAUCUAUUUCCCAAAAUGUUGUGAAGAGGUAUCAGGUCAUUGAGGCAUUGAAGGAUCCGAUAUCCUGGCUUUUUGCGCUCUUUGCCUUCCUUUUAAUGUUGGCCAACAACCUAAACUAUCAACAGAAUUUACUAUAUGUCUCCUUAGGAGUUUCAAACUUGGGUUCUACUUUAGUUAGUGUCGCAGGUGCUUGUUUUUCCACAUUAUACAUGAUUGCUGGAUCAUUAAUUAUUCAUUAUUGGCCUAACCACUCGGCAUUUGCUAUAGCAUUCGCGAAUGUGCCAUCUAUUGCUUCAGGUAUUGCGAUGGUUCUUAUACCAUGGAGUAACAAGUUGGCACUUCUUGCCAUGCUAGUUCUAGGUGCUAACACAUAUGGUCUUGCGUACAUUGUGGGUCUUGGAUGGGCUACAUCCAGUGCAUCCGGAAAUACCAAAAGAUAUGUAAGAAAUUUCAUGUUUAUGAUAGCUUAUGGUAUUUCAAAUAUUGUUUCCCCACAGAUUUGGAAGGGGAACCAAUCGGAAAGAUACUAUGCUGCUUGGGCUAUUCAAAUUGUGCUUGCUUGGUUUGGUUCCACAGUGGUUGGCUAUAUAAUUUUCUUCAUCCUAAAAGCUAGAAACAGGAAACGCCUUGAGCUUAUUAAACUAAACACUGAUGCAACAGGAAAGAUUGUCAAAUACAAAGAGAAUGGUGAAAAGACAAUUGAAAGAGUUGAAAUCGCUAAUCUCGAUUUAACUGAUCAUGAAAACAAGAAUUUCAUUUAUCCUUUGUGA